AUGGGCGUAGUGUUCUUAGAGCAUUUAGGUGGAUAUUUGAUAUAUGUGUGCGAUACAUGUGACGCCUAUCUAACCAAUCGCAGCGAACUUCUGAGCACCCGCUUCACCAGUAGCACUGGAGCUGCAUAUAUGUUCAAAAAUGUGGUGAAUACUUUGCAUGGAAACGCAGAGUUUCGUGAAAUGGUUACAGGGAGUCACGUAGUGAGAGAUGUCUUCUGCAAACGAUGCAAUGUGCGAAUUGGUUGGUUUUAUGAAAUGGUCAGCAAUGAAUCUCAGUACUACAAAGAAGGGCGUACAGUACUCGAAUUAGCUCUAGUGAGUGAAAGAGAUAAUUUUGGUGUAAACAGUAGUUGA